AGCGUGCGCCGAAGAAGGGCCAAUCACAUCUCAGAGGCAGAACCAGUGGGCUGAUAUUACAGUACUUUAACACCCGCAGACCUCCUUAAAUAGUGGCGCAUGAUGAUGAAGGAAAGUGCUCCAUAACUGCAGUUAGAGAAUUUAUCACUAUGGUAAAAAGCACCAUAACCACCACAGCCAACUGUAGUGGUUUUGUUGCCUGCAUUGACGCCGCCCAUGGUAAGGUGUCGAGUGGUUUCAGCACUGUUUGACAUCUUACUUGGCCUCCGCUGGGCGCCCGUGUCACCUCCGCUGCAUACAGUCUGUUCCAGGACGGCACUCGUUGGCUUCCUUAGAGAAUCAGCGGAACGACUUUGCUUGCAGAGACAGCUGACUAUGGGACAGCAUCUGCGAACUCCUGGCACCAUAACCACUACAGCAGUUCUAAGUAUUUUCUAGUUUAGAAUAUAAAAAGGUGACCAGUGUAUUCGUUUUAUCAAUAAAAUAUCUGUUUGUGUGUUGAUUUCCUUUUAAUUGACUGUUUCUGCCCGUUUUUAGAAUGGUAUUGCUGUGAAGACAUUGCAGGCCUUACCGCUGACUGCAGAGGUCAAAUCAAAGUUGCCCAGAAACCAAAGCCUAUUCGUGGAGCUUGUAAUUAACACUAACAAUGGUGGUCUUGGAAAAGGAUCUGACUUCCGACACGAUCUUAAAUCACGCUCUAGAAAUCAUUUGCCUGUUAUCUGGAGAGGUGAGCUAUGCUUUCAGAACACGUUGUAAAUGAAAGUAGCGUUCUUAGUCUGUAUGAAGAAUGUUCUCGAAGUGAAAGCCCAUGAAUGGAUUUUAGAUGUUCCACCAGCCGUCGCAGGAUUCACCUCUGGUUUUAGUCUGUGAUUUAAAAAGCUUUUCCAAUGAUUUAUCUACAGAAGUCACCAACAUCUAGGGUGUAGGUAAACCAUUUGGAAAGUUUAUCUGACCGCAUUGAAUCCGUUGGAGGAGUGGGGGGGGCAGUCUCGCCUGUCCUGGAUGUGGAAUAUUCUCUUUUCUGGUUGGAUUUAAUGCACUAGAAUAUACAGGACUUACCAGUCCUACUUCCAGAGCACAAAUCUCUGCAAAGGGUUAUUCACCAACGUGAGAAUUCAAAUUGAAAUUUACAUUGCGGACUUGGACGAUUCAUUGGCUGUUUUCAUCUUAAAUGUGAAAUUGCCAUUGAAUUCUCAGUUUAGAGACUACUCCAAGCACCAUAACCACUUCAGUGGUCGAUAUCAAACACUGCACAUAUAUUGAAUUUUUUUUAACCCCUUCACUGCCAGAGAGUUCUAGCUAAUGUCAUGUCAAUUCUGUGCAACUUUUAUUGCACAGAAUGUCAGAUAUUCUGAGUGCGGUCAGCUGACACUCUCAGCCAAUGAAUGGCUAUGGCUCCUGCAUGUCUGUAGACCACCAGGGAGGCUCUUCUAAACCUUUUUAGCUGUGAAAGUGUUUUGUUUUACAUCCCUUCUCCUGUUAGUUUCUCUCUUUGCUUGAUCCAUAGGAUUAUAUUCUUGUUAAAAGGCAGGCCGAAGAUACCCUGUGCAGCAAUGGUACUGCCACGGGAGAAUCCCCUCGCAGGUCACAAGAUCAAUCAAUGGAACAUUUGAUACCCAUAGGCCAGUCCCCAGAAGCUGGGAAUAAGAGCUUGGUAGCCAUGAAGAUCCUUGAACUUGCCAACAAGAUUGUUCAGCUGUUGACCAAAGAGGUGAGAGACUUUGAUCCAUAUGAUCAUUACUGAUCCGAAGAGCAAUGGAAAGAUUGAGAUAUUCUAAUUGAUCAAACUUGGGGGUAAUUAAAUAAUGCAGUUUUGAAAGUCGUUGUUUUGUAUGCCUUUUUAAGGAGGUUUGACUUACUGUGGCUAUAACCAGGACUAGCAGUGCGAUUGGCAGGGAGCCACUGAGUGAGAUCUUAGUUUUGUUUCAGGUUCCCUUGAGAUGUGAUGAUGUCGCUGUGUAUUUCUCUGUGGCGGAGUGGGACUACCUCGAACUGCAUAAAGAAGAGUACACUCCUAUCACAGAAGAGGAGGACCGGACCCUGAACUCACCAGGUGAAGCAAUUUCCUUUUACUUGUAGCCUAAUUCACUGCUGUCACAUUCCCUAGAAAAAUAUACAGGGCUGGAAAUUAAACGGACAAACUCCCCCUGCAUCAUUUGGUCUAUGCAACGGAAUUGCUGCAAACUCCUUUUAUCUGUUACAUUUGUGCUGUGGGUGCGGGGAUUUGAGCACUGAGGUGGGGGGAGGUGGGGCAGUUCUGCUUCCAUAGUUCUGUGGGAUUGCCCCCCCCCCCUCCAUGAGCACUGUAGGUGGGGGGAGGUGGGGCAGGGGCUCUGAGUGCAGCUCUCCUGCUUCCAUAGUGGUUUGGGGAUAGACCCCACCACCUACAGUGCUCAAGGUGGGCAGAGUGCAGCUCUCCUGCUUCCAUAUUGCUGUGGGUGUGGGGAUUGCCCCCCCCUCCCCAAUGAGUACUGUAGUUGGGGGGGUUUGAGAGCAGCUGUCCUGCUUCCAUGAGCACUAUAGGUGGGGGGGUCUGAGUGCAGUUCUGCUUCCAUAGUGCUGUGGGUCCUGGGAUUGCCCUCCCUCAUGUGCACUGUAGGUGGGGGCUCUGAGUGCAGUUCCCCUGCUUCCAUAGUGCUGAGGGUGCAGGGAUUGCCCUCCCUCAGUGCACUGUAGGUGGGGGCUCUGAGUGCAGUUCCCCUGCUUCCAUAGUGCUGUGGGUCCUGGGAUUGCCCUCCCUCAUGUGCACUGUAGGUGGGGGCUCUGAGUGCAGUUCCCCUGCUUCCAUAGUGCUGAGGGUCCUGGGAUUGCCCUCCCUCAGUGCACUGUAGGUGGGGGCUCUGAGUGCAGUUCCCCUGCUUCCAUAGUGCUGAGGGUGCAGGGAUUGCCCUCCCUCAGUGCACUGUAGGAGGGGGCUCUGAGUGCAGUUCCCCUGCUUCCAUAGUGCUGAGGGUGCAGGGAUUGCCCUCCCUCAGUGCACUGUAGGAGGGGGCUCUGAGUGCAGUUCCCCUGCUUCCAUAGUUCUGAGGGUGCAGGGAUUGCCCUCCCUCAUGUGCACUGUAGGUGGGGGCUCUGAGUGCAGUUCCCCUGCUUCCAUAGUGCUGAGGGUCCUGGGAUUGCCCUCCCUCAUGUGCACUGUAGGAGGGGGCUCUGAGUGCAGUUCCCCUGCUUCCAUAGUGCUGAGGGUCCUGGGAUUGCCGUCCCUCAUGUGCACUGUAGGAGGGGGCUCUGAGUGCAGUUCCCCUGCUUCCAUAGUGCUGUGGGUGCAGGGAUUGCAUGUGUACAAACUGUUCCUAACCCACUCUUGUCAUUUAGAGACCCUAUUAGAUGGAGCCAUACUGGUCAGGUAAUUAACAUUGAGAUCAAUGUGACUUGAAAACCACGAAUAACAAAAUCCGUUAAACUAAAGCUUUUCUUCCUACUCGCCCCCAGAGCUGCCUCUCCACCAAGCUGUGGAACCGGAACGUAUUCUGCACCACCUAAAAGAGGAGCCAGACAAUCCUGAAUAUAGCUGUGCAGGUACGGUGCCAGCGUGUGAUGGUUCAUUAUUAAUCCUAUAAUAUAAUAAAGUUACCAUUUAGUAGGAAGCCGUUUCUGUUCUGUUCUGGGGGAUUAUUUAUUAUUCUAUGUAAAAUGAAUAGAUGUAUAUAGCAGCUCAGCGUUUCACAUAUCUUUGUUACCGAUGUUGAUCCCAAAGAAGGCGAGAAACCCAAUUUGAAUUUAUUAAAGGGACACUCCAGGCACCCAGACCACUUCUGCCCAUUGGAGUGGUCUGGGUGCCAACUCCCACUACUCUUAACCCUGCAACUGUCAUUAUUGCAGUGGGGUUUUUUGUUUUGUUUUUUUUUUACAAACUGCAAUGAUUACCUUGCAGGGUUAACUCCUCCUCAAGUGGCUGUCUACUAGACAGCCACUAGAGGGCACUUCCUCCUUCAUAGCACAGAAAACCUGAGCUAGAGCGUCGCUGGACGUCCUCACGCUAUGUGAGGGCCUCCAGCAUCGCACAAUUCCCCAUAGGAAAGCGUUGUUGUUGUUAUUGCCAUUUUAAAUAGCGCCAACAGAUUCCGUAGCGCUUUACAAUAUUAUGGGGGGGAAGGGGGAUUUAACUAUAAAUAGGACAAUUACAAAAAACUUACAGGAACAAUAGGUUGAAGAGGACCCUACUCAAUCGAGCUUACAGUCUAUAGCAUUAAAAAGCAUUUCCUACGGGGAGCUCUAAUGCGCAUGCACGGCCUUGCCGCGUUGUUGCUUGGUCAGUUGUGCAAGUCCUUCUCGUUUCCAGGUGUAUUCGCUAUAGUGAGAACCCAACGUGAAUUCAAAUUUAAAGUCAAAAUAGUUCAACUGUAAACAUUCUGUAAGUCUGCUCUGCUUUUAUCUGUUAUUUUAGAUUUAAGUUUGAAAUUCUCGUUGGAUUUACCUGGAAUGCUCAUGUUUGUAAAUAACCCAGCUGUUUUUUUUUGUUUGUUUUUGUAUUUUUUUUUUACCAAUUGGGGAAUAAAUUGCUUGUAAAUUCCUCACUCCAAAAUGCAUAACUUUCCAUUGACGUUAAAUGCCGCUUGACUGCUCAGUCCCAUAAUGUGUCAAAAAUCCCACUGCAGUGACGUUAUAUCCUGCUCACAUGGUAGAAUCCAGGAGAAACUGUAACAUUGCUUCAUUUCUCCUUUACUCUGUCUGCUCUCUCCAUGCUGACUGAAUUCCUAUUCUUUAUCUAAUAGAUGGCACCUCAGAAUAUGUUCCUCAAAGCUACGCUAAUGAAAAGCCAAAUAGAGAAGCCCAUGUACCUCUCCAUGAACCCGAACCUAUGGUGAAUUAUAACUACAGUGCUCUAUGUUAUAUUAAACCCGAGCCGAUGGACCAGAUUGGAACCGGUAAAUUAUGUAAAAGUUACCCCCACCCCUGUUUAUUGCUUUUUGUUUACACCCUCAAAUUUAUUUUUUAUUCAGCUGGCUGCGCCCCUCUACGAAACAGACUAACAUCCCAUUUUACCCAGACAGAUGUAAGCGAAAUUAAAUUAAUAUAUUGACAACACGGAACGUAGAUUAUGAGAAGCUGUCUCUUUCCAUUGGAUUAGAAUAUCUGCCACUCGUUUACCUAGUCCUAUGUUCACACUCUAUUUAUCCCAGUCUGUCUUCAAUCAGAUUCUGUCCUUAGAACCUUACCCAGCAAGCUCAGAUCAUUUUUCCUGAUUUGUCUACUGCAUUCCACUCUGUUAGGAACACAAACCUAUCUGUGUCGAUAUGCAUCACUCGUAAUGUCUUGUCAUCUGCUCUCACCUGCCACACACAUACUAAAGUGACUGAAAUCUUUUCACAUAUAAUAUUUACACUUGUUUAAUUUUCCUUUACAGAUGAUGUUCCCCAAUAUCUCCCUCUGUCAGAUCAAUCUGAGCUUAACUCCAAUUUGGAGUUUAAUAUUAAGGAGGAGAUGGGUGAAAGUUCAGAAUCUCAAGGUAAUUCAUGUUUUACUUCUGCAUUUCUGUCUCUGUCCUACAUUCCUUCCCUCUCUCGUGGAUGGUAAAAGUACCGUUUGGUGAUGCAUUGCCGUAAAGGAAAAUAUUUUUUCUUUUUCAAACACUGUAUAUAAUGUGUAGGUAGACUAAAAGACCGGGAGAUUAAGGUUGCCGAAGCACCCCUCUCUUGCGGAGCCUGAUCUAUUCUUUCCAACGUUUGAUUUGCCAAAAGGGGGAGGGGUGAUGCUUAUCCACCAAAGACAAAUUAAUAGCUUUACAUCUCCUAAUCCUACUGGUGUAAUAGGGCUCGCUCUGAUAUAGCCCAUAAGUUAGAAAGUCUUUUUUUUGUGAUUCGAGAAUUGUCAUGUGGGAACAAUAUAACAAUGUUGCAAAUCUAAGAUGGGGUGCAAUCUAUUAAGAUUACAGUAUGUAUAUAGAGAGAUUUAUAUGUCUAAUACCAGGGUGUCCAUCUUUUUUUGCAGUGCGCCACUUCAAUGGAAAUGUAUGUGUAUGUGGGCCACACUCAUCAGAAAAUCACACACAGGUACAGACAUGCAGGUGUACAUACUGACACCCAUACAGACAAACACAUACUGAUAUACAUACAGACACAAACUAGCACACCUAGAUACACACUGACACACCUGCAGAUACAAGGGCACACACUGACACACAUGGAUACACACACUGACAAACCUGCAGAUACAAAGAUUGUACACACACCGGCACACAUACAGACAUAAAUACAAACACACAUACAGACAAACAUGCAAAAUGUACUUGUACGGCCCCUCAAGAUAUAGUGACACCACGUGGCAAUGGGCCUUCUUUUCGAGCUGCACCUAGAGGUCCAGCGGACCUCAUGUUGGAUGUCUAGGGUCUAAUAUAUAAGAAGUGACUUAAUGACUGAUAGGAAAGCUGUCCGUAAAUUAAUUCUUAGGUUUUGAUGUUCAGCUCCAUACUUGGGUGUUACGAGAGUGCCCUCUAGUGACCAUAAUAGAAACUACUCUCUACACAUGGACAUCACUGAUACAUUGUUCCCAGUCCCCGGUUUGCAACAUUGUUAUAUAAUUUAUUACUUUGUCUCUUUUUGAAUCACUUAUGUGUAGAAAAGGCAGACCUUGUUUGGUAUUAUCUGACAUAUUAGAGUGAUAUUUGUGAAGUGCACUAAUAAUGCCAAACAUUUUAAUGGGAUUACAUUUUGUUCUCGAUAAAGUUAUUUUAUUAUAUCACAACAAGGCAGUAAAGCUACAACCCUAUAGAAUAAGUGGCUGUGUAGCACCUCCUGGGCACAACAGAACACGACUACUUGAGUGCACUCUGCUUUGUGUAAUGAGUCAAUUUCGGGUUGUCAGCGGCACAUAGCAUGCUUUUAUGAUUGGCACUUUUUUUUUUUUUAUUAAAGCUAAAUUAUUUUUUUUAUUUCCCAUAUAUAUUUUUAUUUUUACUUCUUCUUCUAGACUAUAUGGACUCUGACAUAAAUCCAAGUCAGAGGAAUGAAAAACGUGAAAAGUCUCUUGCCAAAAGAAAACGUCAAAAACCACAUUCAAGCGACAAGAUGCAUCCGUGUGAAGUGUGCGGCAAGAGAUUUACCAACAACUCUCACCUUGCAAGACACUUUAAAGUCCACACGGGCGAGAAACCAUUUCCUUGUGGUGUAUGUGGGAAGAUGUUUGCACGAAAGUCCCACGUUGCAGAUCACCAGCGGAUCCAUACUGGAGAAAGGCCGUACACCUGCUUGGAAUGUGGGCGUAAAUUCACGAACAAUUCCCACCUAGUUCUACACCGAGUGGUACACACUGGAGAAAAGCCAUUUACAUGUCCGGAAUGUGGCAAGGGCUUCACACGUAACUCCAGUCUGAUAAAGCAUUCCGGAAUCCAUGCAGAAGAGAAGCCACACGUUUGUAGAGAAUGUGGUAAAAGCUACUGUCAGUACGCCAACCUGGUUGUCCACCAACGUUUGCACUCAGGGGAGAAGCCUUAUGCAUGUAAGCAUUGUGGGAGGGGGUUUAUUUGUAAAGCUAGCAUGGUGAGACACCAAAGGACUCAUACCGGAGAGAAGCCAUAUUCCUGUGCUCAGUGCAGCAAGUCUUUCACCGAUAACUCUUCUCUCAUCAAACACAAACGGGUCCAUGUUAAAGAACUUUUAGGUUCUUAGCAGGAACAUGGUGGAAAAACUUCUGUAUAUGGAUCGUUGGAAGAUGACUAUUUGAGAUAUACACAGAUCAGUCUCUGACCGUUUUCUGCACUUGUAUGUAACUGAAACAGGUCGUCCUCUUUUCCCACAUACUUGCCUUAGUAUGCUUUAUAUGACAGGGUCUCCAGCCCAUGUCUGGUAUCUCGUCCUGGCUGGGUCGAUGACCAAUAGAUGGCAGGAUCCUAGACCAGGCCUAGCGCCGUUAUGCUUAUGCCUUUUUUUUUUUUUUAUAUAUAUUUUGUUACAUCUUGAUCAAACUUGAAGUAGAGAUGCUGACAGAACCCAGUAUAAGGACAAGCAUCAUACAUUAAAUAUGUGGCAGGGGUUUGAGAAGAGAUACCAUGUUUGGAAAUGUCACACCAUAAACGAGCCUGUCCAUGGCAUUUUAGUCAAGUAGGAAAAUACAAGCUAUUUAGGUACCCAUUUUCUUCAUGGUUUGGAUCAUUUAGACAAGUAGUGGGGGGUUGUUUGUUUAGAAUUGAGAUAAAAAUGAAAAAAGGCUCCAAGGGUGGGCUAUUGUAGCACAUCAGAUAAUGUAACCUAAACUGGUCACAGACAACAUGGACAGGAAACACUGACAGGAGCUUAAGCAGAGAAACUCUGUUCAUAAUGUAUUUAUGGCUCCCAACUGGAACUAAACCAAUAAUGUUUACAAUGAAUAAAGAAAUAUUCAUGUCAUGACUCUGUGUCUGUAACAUGUCAAAAAAAAUUCCUCAUAGUUGCUGGUUUGUGUAAAAGGAAAUUCCUGACCUUUACAUGGCCAUUAGACAGUUUGUGUCUUUUAGCCAAAUGCGGUCCUACAGGUCAAUCACGAUGAUGGACCAUGCUAUCAGCAGUGUCCGGUCAAUCAUGAUGGCUGCACAAAUUGUACUUUAUUAACCUAGGAAAACAAG